UUGUCACAUGUUGUCUGUUUGUGUUUUUCAAAUUUUUAAAAAUUUUGAAAAACAAAAAUGUUAAAAAUUGUUCAAUAUUCUCGUCAUUUUGCUGUAAAUUCUUAUCAAUCAAUUUUAUCGACAGCAAAAUGUCUAGAUUUACAUCAAAAUAUGAUUAUAAAUCAUCAACAGUUACGAAAUUCAUAUAGUUUUUUCAAUCGAAUGCCUGGUGAACAGAUAUGGAAAGGAUUAUUAUCGGUCAGUAAUGCAGGUAGAAGAAGAGGUCGUGGUAAAGGUGCUAAUCGAAAAAUGUAUAAAGAUUUAAAUCGUGGACAAAUUAUGGGUGUUGGUGAAAAGAAUUUUCUUUGGCCUGGCCUUAAUGCACCGGUUAUGAAAGGAAGUGAAGUAGUACAAAUUAAAGAAUUAAAAGUUGAUCCUGCUUAUAAGGAAAAUCUGAUAAAAAUUCGUGAUCAAAUGGAAAAAAGAAAACGAGCUUAUGUACAUCCAUUGGAACGUGGAUGGAGUGGUACAAAACUAUUGGGCAAAUGGAUUGGACCACCGGAUCCGAUUGCCGGUGAAGAAUUCAUUGGUUUCGAUACAAAAUUAUUGAUGGUUAAACCAGUUUUCUAUAUGAAACCAAAUUUCGGUCGUACGAAAAUUAUUUCAGUUUUAGCUGUUACUGGUAAUGCAAAUGGUUUAGUUGGUUAUGCUAUUGCUAAAUCCGAAGAUCUUCGUACUGCAAUUAAUAAUGCAAAAAAUAAAGCUGGACAACGAUUAUUCCGGGUAGAAUUGGAUCAGAAUACAAUAUUACAUGAUUUUUAUUCACGUUUUGGUUCAUCAAAAGUAUUUGCAAUGAAAAAACCACCUGGUUAUGGUCUAUCAGCUCAUCGUUGUUUACGUAGUAUUUGUGAUGUAACCGGUAUCAAAGAUAUUCAUUGUAAAGUUGAAGGUAGUGAACGUAAUUAUCUAAAUUUAACACGUGCAUUUUUAUUGGGUUUAAUCAAUCAGAAAACCUAUCAACAAAUGGCCGAUGAAAAACGAUUGAAUGUUGUUGAAAUUAAUGAAUGUUUAGGUAAUUAUCCAAUAUUAAAAGCUAAACCAUCGGAUAAUGUUGGUGGUUGUCGUACGGAUGAACAAAUUGGUGAUACAGAAAUAUUAGAUUUUAAUAUUUUUAUACAUGAUGGUAAAGUAAAAGAACAGGAAAAUUUGAAACCAGUUUAUUAUACUGAACAAAAUGGUUGGAAAAAUUAUAUGAAAAAAUGGAAUUAUCGUAAAAGUCGUGAACAAGUACGUAUUAAUUUAAUUGCACGUUAUGGUCAAUUGGAAAGUUAUUUAACCAUACGGGAAAAAGAACGUUUACAAGCAAAAAGAGAUAAAUUUCUUUCUACAACAACAACAACAAAAUCUGAUUAACAACAACAUUUACCUUUGUUUAAUAAUAAUAAUAG